AUGCCAAUUCGUUGGACACCCUCAAGUUUUUCAUUUUCUGGUUUUUUUUCAUCGUCGCUUUCUUUUUUCCAAUGUUGGGAUUUUGCCCUAAGUAAAGGCAACAGUAAGGAACGAAGAAAACAAUUAUCAAGUACUUCGAAUAUGUCUCUUGUUGAUUUUGACGUGGGUGUCGCACGAUUGCAAGGUGAUCGUAACUCGCAAAUGGAUAGAUUCGAUAUCAACCAUAACUUCUUUCAUGAUCGUGGUUACUCGUUGUUUUUACUGUAUGAUGGUCAUGGGACUGGACAUUUCUCUAAACAUGCUAAAGAUCAUUUAGCCGACUUUAUUUUAACUGAUCCAAGUUUCUUAAAGGCUAAUUAUCGAGAAGCCAUCAUUAAUGGAUUCAAAAAAGAAGACGAGGCAUUGUUCGUUAUGUACGGACCCAGUCAUAAAGGUGGCACUACGGCUACAGGUAAACGAUUCGAUAUGUUCAGACCCAGUCAUAAAGGUGGCACUACGGCUACAGCGGCCUUGUUCUUUAAGAAUAGGAAUCAGUUUUACAUUGCUAAUGUCGGCGAUAGCACGGCAGUACUGGGAUCAAAAGAUGGAUCGAAAGCCGAAGCGAUUCAUCUUACUUAUGAUGAUAAUCUUGACAAAGAAGAAGAAAGAAUUCGACUCAAAGACGCUCGAGCUCAAGUGAGAAGAGGUCGUAUUAUAAGAGCUGGCUGUUCAGUUAAUAUGACACGAGCUCUUGGAGACUUCGACUUUAAAUCACCUCAAACUGGAACCGGGAAAGACUGGAUUUCCCCUAUUCCGCAUAUAGACGUAGUCAAUUUGAUCCCAUUUGAAGAUGAAUUUCUGAUUAUGGCAUCAGAUGGACUCUGGAAUGUUUAUGACGAACAAACGGUCGUUGAGGCAGUGACUGAAGGCCUGGAUCUCGGAUACGACGUUCAUCAAAUAGCUGACGCGUUGGCUUCUUCGGCUGCAAAUGCUACGUCAAAAGCCGAUAAUGUUACUGUUAUGCUCGUAUUUUUCGUUUGGGAAAAAUAA